CGAGAGCGGAGAGGUAUAGCGUUGCUGUGAUACGGCCCUAUAUAUUUGCUGACAGGACUAUCUUCCUUUUAAAGACAACCUCCUCCUUCCUUUGGUUUUCACUUAGUGAUGUCGCGUAUUUGUGUGGUGAACCUGUAAAGAGCAAGACAGGCAGAAGCCAGUUUUUUUUAAUGAUUUGAUUCAUUUUAUUUCUUCAGUUAUUUUGAUUUUAUUUAAUCCAUUGGCUGAAAGGGACUCAUUUCUGUAUUUUGGUUAAAUAAAUAUUUUAUUUAAUCAUUUUAUCUUGUUUAUGUGUUGAUUUAUGUUUCCAAGUUUGAACUAAGAGAAAGGCCGAAUUCAUCUUUUUAUAGCCUAUUUGCAAGUGUCUUCUUCAUUCUCUAUUGUUAAAGAGAUUGUUUGGCUGAGGACGUCCGUAACUUUCAUUUGUAGAAACGACGGGAACUCCAAACUAACAUGGCAGUCAGACUGUGCGACGUGGCUUCUCUGCUUAGAAGUGGUUCGUGGGCGGCAGAGCCUUGGACUGGGCAGGUAAUUGCUGCCAUGGAAACACAGCUGUCCAAUGGGCCCACUUGCAACAACACAAGCAACGGUCCCUCAACAAUCUCAAACAACUGCUCCUCUCCGGUAGAGUCGGGGAGCAUGGAGGACAGUAAAACUAACUUGAUCGUGAACUACCUGCCUCAGAACAUGACCCAAGAAGAGCUCAAGAGUUUGUUUGGGAGCAUCGGGGAAAUAGAGUCCUGUAAAUUAGUUCGAGACAAAAUAACAGGGCAGAGCCUAGGUUAUGGGUUUGUGAAUUACGUGGACCCGAAAGAUGCAGAAAAAGCCAUCAACACAUUAAAUGGCCUGAGACUUCAGACCAAAACCAUUAAGGUUUCCUACGCUCGUCCAAGCUCAGCCUCCAUUAGAGAUGCAAAUCUGUACGUCAGUGGCUUGCCAAAAACCAUGACUCAGAAAGAACUGGAGCAGCUCUUCUCUCAGUACGGACGAAUCAUUACCUCACGCAUUCUGGUGGACCAGGUGACCGGUGUCUCCAGGGGGGUGGGUUUUAUCCGUUUUGACCGGCGAAUCGAAGCGGAGGAAGCCAUCAAGGGCCUGAACGGCCAGAAGCCGCCGGGCGCCACAGAGCCCAUCACGGUGAAGUUUGCCAACAACCCCAGCCAGAAGACCAGCCAGGCCCUGCUCUCUCAGCUGUACCAGUCGCCCAAUCGAAGGUACCCCGGACCCCUUGCACAGCAGGCACAGCGCUUCAGGUUGGACAAUCUGCUAAACAUGGCAUACGGAGUCAAGAGGUAAUUCAUCUAUUACAG